AUGAACAGUGGACCUGAGACAGCGGAUGGUACGCUUGUUAUCAUCGUCUGCAGAGCGAAAAACCUCCCCAACAGGAGGAAGCUAGACAAACAGUGCCCAUAUGUUACAAUGAGAAUAGGGCCCACUGCAAAGAAGACCCCAUCCCACUUCAGAGCUGGGCAAACGCCGGAGUGGACCCACGAGAUACGAUUCCAACUCACUAGGGAAAGAAAACCCAUCAUGAAACUCGAUGUCCUCGAUGAGACCAAGAACGAACCAACCCCCAUAGGACAAGUAGAGAUAGACUGUUCGAUUGUGUUCUCUAACCAGGAGAAUAAGGAUGUCGGUGGGAAGUAUAUUUAUGAUAAUUGGUUUGACUUGACUCUAAAUGGUAAAUCAGCAGGUAAGAUAUACUUGGAGAUGACGUUUUAUCCCAGUGCACCACUAGUACCCCCAAAGAUCACAGGGCAGCUGAUGAUGCAGUCUCAUGAUUACAACGAGCCGGUUGAGUACCAGGUGAGGGCAGAGCAGAACGUCGACCUCAGGCCUCUGCACUUUAACCAGUCCACAUCACCGCCACCUGUACAUCCAAGAAGAAUCAACCAUGACGAGUACAAGAUGACGUCUCCAGCAGACGAAGUGUUCAACAAUAAUAUAACUUCCACUUCCUCACACAAGAAACUUACUCUGUUCUUGGGAGCCUCGCUUUCAGCACAUCUUCAUAGCGCUCAAAACCAGCCCGAGUCCUUUGAGACUACUUCUUAUGAGGUAGAUUUCAACAAUGGCGAUUCACCUACUAAGUCCAAAUUCAAAGCAUUAACAAAGCUUAAGCUGAAGUUCCAAUCCAAGCAACCAAUCGGUUCAUUAUACAAACCAUCCCGAACCCCAUCACCAGAAAAGGAGCCCUUGGACUUCUAUAGUAGUGACGGCAUGUCUCCUUCACCAAGCAGAGGAGGAUCAGGCUCUCAUUCCAGAUCCAAGUCUAGUUCGCCAGUCAAGUCGUACUACAAUCUUCCUUCGCAUUUAAUUCCGAGCUCGUUUGGCCCUGAAGCAACCUCGCCAAGGAUUAGAUAUAGUGACGACGAAGACGAAGGUGACUAUGAAGAUGAUGGUCUCAAUUAUUAUCAAGCACAAGUGAACAUGCCUCCAAAUCCCCCUCCCCAUCUACUGUUAGGGCUGAAUGCGACUAGAGAGAGUGGUAGCACGUUUGCCAGUACGUUUGCCCUGUCCCAGCUGUCCAAUAGGUCCAACUUGUCAUCUGGAAAGCAACAACUUGGCAGGAAACCACCGCCACCUUUGAACCUGGAAGGAGAACUAGCUGAUAAAAUGCACCGGAUGCAUCUUCAUAUUGGAAAUAGCACCACAGAGAUCCCGUUCUCUGCAGAUACGAUAGGCUUGGACGAACCAGCUGCAAUGCCCACCAAGGUGUACAUGUUUGAUACGGAAAUAAAGUCAUUGUCUCACGAUGGGCAUCAAGACCCUAAUGCUAGGAAGGCAGAUUUAGAUCCAAAUCAAAUCGAUCCUAGAUAUUACGCUCCUUCGCCUUCUGAACAUCUUACGAAGACAUUUAGACUUCAGAACGGGUCAGCUACUAGGGGAGACGUGCAAGUAGACCUCCAUACAGAGAGCACAGGCUAUUUAGGAAAUGGUAAGUGGCAGCAGUCCAAGUUCUCUCCAUCGGUAUUUGAUAGAAUGCCUAGUGUGAGUGGAGAUUUUAGCUAUGACGAUGAGAAUAAACCCAAGGUUCCCCCCAAGGUGCCCAAAGGUUUGACAGAGAUCGAAUACUAUGUGUUGGAGAAAGAGAAGUACCUUCAAGAUAUUAAUGGCCGGAGAGCUUAG